UUGAUCCAACUACGUGUUACACAAAUCCUCCUGGUUGAAGAUCAAACGGAAAUAAAAAGAGAAAGACAGACAGACAGACAGAGAAAUAAAAGAGUUGAGGUAUUCGCAUGAGUCGCAUGAAGAACUCUUUACGCCAGUGAUGGCACACACGAGGAUCGUUCCUGUUUUCUUUUUUGUUUCUCUCUUUCUCUCUCUCUCUCUCUCUUUCUUUUUAUCUCCGUCCUUUUCUUUCUGGCGUGGAAGCGUGCCGGCUUUCUGCUAGCGAGUUAUAUUCAGCACACAGAGAGGUACACACGCAAACGGACUUCUGGGUUGCGUUGUCGUGCUCGCCCUCGUGCUUGUUGCAGGAAUCGAAGAGCACUACCAUAUCGUGGCACCCUCGAGGGGUUGCGCAGACAAGCUCUUUCUCUUUCUCUUUACCCUCCUUUCCUCUUACUUUCUCUCUCUUUCUGUCUUUUUUUUCUUUCUAGCAUGGAUCAGCAGCAGUAGCAGCAGCAAAACCACUACCUCCUCCACUACCACCACUGGUACCACUACCAUUACCCCUAACAACCACCACCAGUAGUAUCAGCAGUAACGAUAGGACGGACGAUGGUGGCGCCCUCUCCCAACGUUCUCGACUUGAUGGCAGCCGCAACGGAGGGACGACAGGGGUGCCGAACUAGUCGUCGUCUCUUCUUUCUCCCCGAUUGCUAGAAGGAGAGAAAACGCUCGCGUGUUUCGGUGUAAGAAGGGUGGAAAUAGUAGAAGAAGAGGAAGAAGAGGAAGAAGAAGAGGAAGAGGAAGAAGAAGGACGUGAAUAAAGCGUGAGCUGGUGGAGGGGUGUAUCUGGUAGGGGCGCAGUGCCAGACCGACAGUCGCACCCCGUCUUCGUCGUCGUCAUAUUCGAAGCCACCCCAUAUACUGUCGUUGCGCGUGUGACGGAGGACGUCACCAAAAGCAAAAGUAAAAGCAAAAGCAAAAGCAAAAGCAAGUUGGAACGAAGGAAGGAAAGAAGGAAGGUUGGAAUGGAUGGCUGGGAUCGGUGCUAAUCAGGGACGAUAUAGAAAGCAUUGUAACGAUUUAGUUAAACGUUCGGAUAGUUUUCCGAAAGGGCGGGGGCGCGAGAAAGAGGGUGUUGGAGAUAAAUAGGGUAAGAGAGGGGGUGAGAUAGAGAGUGAGAAGGAACGAGCUUGAGCUAGAGUUUCGGCUGGCAUGGUGGCGGUGCAUCCGGUUAAGGAGCUGCCCUCGCCGUGCCCAUGACGAGGCUGCAGAUCUUCCACCACCGUCAGGCAGAAAAGACGAAGCCGGUGUGGCCGGGAGCUUUGAGGAAGGCCCGCUCCGCCGUCAUCCGCAUCCGCGAGGUGCUCGACGACGACAAAGAGGACAAAGAGAAGAAAAAAAAGAAGUACGGGUUCGAAGGUCCUCGUCCUACGACGACAGCAGUGAGCGACGGACGGCCGCGACGGAGACGUCGGCGCCGUUACGACGACGUCGACGACGAGUUCUGCUGGGACGUUCCUGAAGACGGUGCCGUCGCCGAGAUUGUCGUCGUCGAGCGUUUUCGCGGGUGCACUAGGAGGUGUUGCGUUUAUUGUGGGUGCUGCUACGUUGGGUGCUGGUGUUGGGAAUAUUCGACGAUUAAUAAUCAUUCACUUAUUUAUUUUACCCCUCGUAAUUCUCUUCUUCUUCUUCUUCUUCUUCUACUUCUUCUUCCUCUUCUUGACAAGAAGAAAUCCGAACGAGGAUUAUUACAAGAUUAUUCAUAAUAACAACCAACCUCGUGGGCUUGAGCUGCCGCCUUUUCAAUAUGCCGCGUUGCCUCAUGGCCAAGAAAUGGAAGGCUUAUCCCUGGCCCGAUCGGCUCGAUGAUCCGCAACAGCAACAACACGAACAAAACGGCUCGGUCGGUAUUGAACAGGAACACGUUAACAACAAUACCAAUAACGGACAUGAUCUUCAAAGAACAAUUUCCAAUUUGGUUAUGGACAAGAAACAUCACAGGCAUCAUCACGAGCCUGAGGAUGAGGAGAUCGACGUCGUUGGGGAUACCGAUAACAGGCAGGUCGAUCAUCAGCAAACCUGUUGGGGUCCACACAGUCCUACUGCUGGGACUACCGCGCCAAGUCCACCACCGUUGAAUGCUUCUGGCGCUCUUUAUUAUCAUGGUUACACGCACGAAGCAUGGAUCAGUCACGAAGAGCCGCCAAAAUAUGCAACAUUACGAUCAGCUGCGGAAUUGGCACAACCAGUGGUACCCUCGCCACCCCCACAGGAUAUACCACCAGUUGUCUCAAGCGACGGUGCGUCCUUGCAACCAGCACCAACGCCCACCGUUACUUCGACCACCCUCAGUUUACCACCAAGAAAAAGCUUAUCCAUGUGUUUUACCAGCACCGGCACCGCAUUAUCCUUACCACCUAAGAAGAAGGACAUAUAUCGGCCCUAUAGUCUUCAACCAACUACCGAAAUCCGUACUUCAGCCGAGGAAGAUUUAUCAGCGGCACAGGCCAUCCUCGAUUUGAGUGCCUCGCCAGCAGCACCCACGCAUUCAGUUUUUAUCCAUACUCUCUCGGCACCUCAGCCAACUCAAGCACAACCCAACGUUGCCACCGUUGUGCAAUUGCAACAACCAACACCACCGCCACCACCACCACCUCAACAACAACAACAACAGCAACAACAACAACAACAACCGACGCAACAAUUACAAAGACCACCAUCGCCCCAUCCAAUACCAGUUUCCGUUUUGGUACCAGUACCCACCUCUCAAAACGCCCAGCUUCGUCAGCAAGAACAUGCGCCACCUCAGCCUCAAUCUCCGGCCACUGCGGAAGGCAACGUUUCUGGAAAUUGUAACGGAAGGGACGGUAACGGUAACGGAGCCAGCAAAACGGUCGCCUACACCUACGAGGCCUUCUUCGUAUCCGAUGGCCGUUCGAAACGUCGGGGGAGUAAUAACGGUGCUGUAGUGCCUGACAAGGAAGCCGUUCAACCGGACAGGCCCAAGUUCACAUGCACCGAAUGCGGCAAACAAUACGCUACCUCGUCGAAUUUAUCGCGGCACAAGCAAACCCAUCGGAGUUUGGAUUCUCAAUCGGCAAAGAAAUGCAUUCACUGCGGCAAGGCGUACGUCAGCAUGCCGGCUUUGGCGAUGCACGUGCUAACGCACAAGCUCGCCCACAGUUGUGGUGUUUGCGGCAAAAUGUUCUCAAGACCUUGGCUACUUCAGGGUCAUCUGCGUAGCCAUACCGGGGAGAAACCUUAUGGAUGCGCUCAUUGCGGCAAGGCCUUUGCCGAUCGUUCCAAUCUGCGCGCGCACAUGCAAACUCAUUCGGCUGAUAAGAAUUACGAGUGCUCCAGAUGCCACAAAACCUUUGCACUCAAAUCCUAUCUCAACAAACAUCUCGAAUCUGCCUGUCUUCGUGAUGAAGAUGUACAACAACAGCAACAACAACACCAGCAGCAGCAUUGUACCAACGGAUCUCAACAACAACAACAACAGCAGCAGCAGCAACAUCAACAGAGCCCAAAUCGAGGCUUGUAGCAGCGUUACGAGAAAUUCAACAGACUCGAAGGCUGCGUCAUUGCAAACGCUCUCAGAGAAAGCUAGCGGCUUCUCGUAGUAGCUACGUAAAUGACAAAGAAGAGGGAGCAAUAGAGAAAGAAAGAAAAUAAAAGAUAGAAAGAGAAAGAGAAAAAGAAAGAGAGAGAGCACCGAAGACCGGUCGAUCUUAAAAAAGGUUUGCCGUAGAUAUUAAGUAGUAAAGUGCCAGUGAAGAGGAAGAUAUGAAAGACGGUAGGUAAUGAUGAUAAGGAAGAAAGAAUGAUGACACAUAGUCGGUGAUCAAUGAUGUCUAACAUUUAUAAAAACGUCCAGUAAUAUUUAAGUCUAUAAAAGAAACAAAGAGAACAAAAGAAGAAUAAUAAUUC